AUGCUGGCGAGUGGCUUUUCUUCCCCCUGCCCCCGCCUUGCAGCUUACAUGCAGACCUCCCGGGCUCUCAUGGUGAUUUCCCUCCUCCUGGGCUUCUUCGGCAUCAUCGUGAGCGUGGUGGGCAUGAAAUGCACCAAAGUUGGGGAAGAGGAUCCCGUUACCAAGAGCCGCAUCGCUGUUGCUGGAGGUGUCCUCUUCGUCCUCUCCGGUCUGUGCACGUUGGCUGCCGUGUCCUUGUACGCAACACAUGUGACCUACAAGUUCUUCGAAAAAAGCACGGUCCCCAUCAAUGCCAGGUACGAAUUCGGCUCGGCUCUCUUCAUCGGCUGGGGGGCCGCCAGCCUCACGCUGCUGGGGGGCUCCCUCCUGUGCUGCUCCUGCCCUGCCAAGGACCGGCGAGGACAGCAGUACUACCGGCAGUCGCAGCCUUCGACGGCUCGGGAGUACGUCUGA